AUGUCAAAGAACAAUGAAAUUGAUGAUUGGAUUGGCAUUUAUCCUGCUACAGUAGAAUUUCAACUUUGGAUGUUGCAUCCAUAUGACAAAGAUGGCAAAGAAAUACCAUUUCAAGGAAUUAGCUAUUGUACCGAUACUGACACAUGUCAAUGUAAAAGAUGUAAAAAAUAUCGAAAAAAUGAAUGGCCCUAUGAACGAUCAUUGUCUGCACAUCUUUUACAUUUAACGGGUCUACAUAUCGAUGAUAUUAAUGAUGCUGAAGUCAGUCAAUUUGAAGAAACUCUUGUCUCUGAAUAUCUAAGACAUAUUCAUGAAUUUUGGCGAUACAUUACUGAAUUAUGUUUAUUAGCUGGUGAUAAUGGCAUUGAAAUACUAAGCCAAUUCAAUAAUGGAUUAUUUGACAAACCUUUUAUAUACGACCGUCAACUUCAUAUACCUCGUCCAAACAUUCCACAUCCGAAAAGAAAUAAAAAAAUAAUUCAAUAUUGUAAACAAAAAUAUAGAAUAAUACAUGAAAUUUGUGGAAAAUGA